AUGAAUCCAUACGAGGCCUAUGGGUCGCCCACAAACGACAGAUCGCCUCCAAGAUACCGUGGACGCGAUGAGUCCUAUGACCGCGACCGCAACGAUUCGUACAGACGGAGAUCUCCUGUCAAUGACAGACGUCGGCCUGCUCCUCGCAAUCGCUCCCGUUCACCGGUAGCCAUCGACCGAUACCAACCAGACCGAGAUCGAGACCGCGAACGGGACCGAACCACAAGGGAUGACUACUACGAUGGUCCUAGACCAGCUGCGAGGGAUAUCAGAGACACAAGAGAUGCGAGAGAUCCCAGAGACGGACGGGAUGCAAGAGACAUACGGGACCCAAGAGAACGAGACGACCGCAGAAGAGCACCAUCUCCUACCGCCGCCAACAUUGAUCGCUACGUUCCAGGCCAAGAGCCGGAUAAGCAAGCUGUCAAGGUUAAUCCACUGGCAAACCCCCUUGCUUUGGACACGCAAGCUGGCUUUAGCUUCUUCGCCGAUUGGUGGAGGUUCGAACAGCAAGUUAAAGAAGAAAAAGAGCGAGCCAAGCUUGGUGGAAGACGACCGUCGGACCGCGUUAAAGGCGAACGGGAAGCGAAGGAGGACCGUGAUAAGGAGCGUGCACAAAUCCAGCAGGCUUACAACCAGUACAAGCAAGAAUUUCAAGUGAAGAUGGCAAGACAAUUUGUCCAGCUGCACAAGGGCGAGGAAUGGUUCAAAGAGCGAUACCUUCCGGAAAUCCGCGAUCCUAUUCGAAAGCGUCUCAUGGAAUCCCGAAAAGCCGAUUUCGACCAAUGGGUCAAAGACAUCGAGGCAGGCGUAUUCGACGAAUUCACACUUGAGGGGAUUUACAAGAAUGAUAGCGAUGGUGCUGGUGGCAUGGUGGAGAAAGAAGAGGGCGAAGCCGUUGGCGGCGCUGAAGUGCUCGGGGUUCUUGACCUUGUGCCUGCCAAAGGUGGCGACCUGCGAGACGAAUCCGCCCAACAACCUGCCCUGCUUAUCAAGACCCUUGCACCAAACGUCGGCAGGGAUCGCAUUGAGGAGUUCUGUAAAGAACACCUUGGUGAAGAGGCUGGUGGCUUUAAAGGUCUUUCGCUUAGUGACCCGAACCCGGCCAAGAAAUUCCACCGCAUUGGCUGGAUCAUGUUGAAUCCUGCUCCUGAGGAGGAUGGCGACGCCAUGCAAGAUGUCGAACGGGGCGAUGGCCGUGAUGAGGACGGUGAAGUAGGCAAAGAGGAGCCUUCGACCGACAAAAUCAGUCCUGUUCAGAAAGCUCUCGAUCUCAUAAAUGGCAAGACUAUCACCGAUGCCGUCAGAGGCGAUUUCACCUGCCACGUCGGUAUUCACAAUGCGCCUAGUGCGCCUCGAAAGAAGGCUCUCUGGGAUCUCUUCUCUGCGCCAGAGCGGGUCGAGCGGGACUACGAACUCGCGAGGCGACUGGUCACCAAGCUCGAUGCUGAACUUGGGAAUGACGAGACGUCAGGAGGUCUCACUCAGAUCGAUGCUCGAGUGGAACAAAUGAGAAACCAGGGUCUUCUGCAGCCUCCACCCAAACCCAAGAAGCCAACUUUCGAAGACAACGACGACGAGAUCAAGUUCGAAGAGGAAGGUGAAGAAGGCGAGGAAGACGAAGAUGACCAGGAUGAUGAAGAGUUGCUUGUCAUCAAGAAGAAGCUUGAUCUUAUGGUUGAGUAUCUCCGCCGCGUCUACAGCUUCUGUCUAUUCUGCGUGUUCGAAUCGGAUUCCGUCCACGAGUUGGUGCGCAAGUGUCCUGGUGGACAUCUUCGGAGGCCGAGGGCUGGCUUGAGCACGGCGGCCAAGGCGGCAGCCAGGGCCAGCGCGCUUGGUGAACCAUUUCCAGGCAAAAAGAAAGAAAACGGUGCAGAAGACGAAGCACUCAGCCCUGUCCAGGAGAAGCGACCUCAAAAGUACAACAAGAAUGACCAACAACUUGUUCGAGCGUUCAAUUGGGUCAAGACUUUCGAAGAGAAGAUCCUGCAGAUUCUCGAGCCUGAGUAUGUGGACUUGAAGAAGAUUGGAGGCAAGCCAGUUGAAGAAGCGUUAGAUGAAGAGCUUGCCAAGUACGUCAAGCAGGAAGAUGAAGCCAAGUAUCGAUGCAAGGUGCCCGAGUGUACCAAAUUGUUCAAGGCCGAUCACUUCUGGCGGAAGCAUGUGGAAAAGAGACACGACGAGUGGUUUAUGGCUCUCAAAAAAGAUCUGCAACUCGUCAACACAUAUGUUCUCGAUCCGUCUCAUAUCGCACCGUCACGAUCAGAUGCAAACUCGAAUGGCCAUUUCCCUCUCCCUCAGAACCACCACUUGAACAAUGGCACUCCCCGCGGAUUCAGCCUUCAGGGUAUGGGCAUGAACACCAUGAGCUUUGGUCAGAAUGCUAUGAUGAACAUGGGCACUAUGAUGUCACCUCUCGUAGCUGGUGUCAACUUUAAUCCAGAUGGUAUGAACGGCAAUGGUGCCCACACUGGCGGACCUAUCCGUCGUGGCGGUGGCAGAUACGGCCAUCGACCUGGACCCUAUGACCGGAAUCAGCGAGGCAGCCAACGUGGGUACAACAAUAUGGGCGGGAUGAUCCGAGGCCUCGUGCCUGGUAUGACACCAGGAUUCAUCGCUCAAGGUGGUGGUGGUGGAGGUGGGAAGUGGGGUGACGGUGCCGGUGGUGGGAUGAACGCCAUGGGACCCAGAGAGGCCACCCAAGGACGGAGUAUCAAGAGCUAUGAGGAUCUGGAUGCUCAGCCUAGCGGUGGAAGUAGUGCUGGUGCAGCAGCCGCAGCUCAAGCUGGAGGGGGUGCGGAGCUCGACUACUAG